GACGUCACGGCCUGCGCGCGUCCUUCAGGAUCGCGGACGGACUGCUGCGUCUCCGGUGCCGUGCACCACAACAAGGGCAUCCCAGGCGCAUCAUUUCGGCUCUCCUUCUUUGGUGACAGCUUCAGAUUUUCUACGUUUGGGGAGUGAGGUGGGGGGGAGGCAGGGGAAUGAUCAGCCCCUACCCCCCGCAUCCGAGUCCUAAGCCGUAAGGAUGCUGUGCCCGAAUAGCGCUGCCGAGAUCCGGCCCCGGCGCUCCUUCCUCCCGGGGCUGCUUCUCUGCGCCGCCCUGCUCGUCAUUAGCGGUAGUAUGCCAAUGAACCAAUGUCCUCGCAGCCUGGACUGUGCCAGAGAGGGCCGCCAUUUCUGCCAGCCUGGCUCCUCCCACUGUGGCCCAUGCCUCGUCCCAUUGGUGGAGAACGACGAGAGGCGGUGUGUGCUUAAGAAGAGGCACACCAAUUUUGCUAAGGUGACCAGUCACCCCGAACUUGAUGAGGAGAUUGAUUUCCUGUCCUCCAUCAUCGCCAAGCAGAGGUCAGAGGUCAAACAGUCAGAACCAGAGAAACGUAAGCAGAGUAUCACGACCCCCGUGCCUUUCGUCCAUCCCGGGGUGGAUCCCCAGCCAACCUCCCUUGGCCAGACCCCAGAACAUCCUGCUGUUUGGAGGGAGCCUGUCGCUGCUACAUACCCUUCAAAGAACAAAGUUCUGACCGUCAUGACGGCUGCCUUCUCCAUCCUGGGCACCUUGGCCUUGACUGUGGUGGUGGCUUGUUGGAUCAGCAGGCUCCGGAAGGGUGCCCGCCUUGCUCAGAAGGUGGAUUACCCAGCUUUCGGCCUGUUGGGUUCCCAUACCUUUGACAGCACGCUAACAGGAGAUAAGAAGCUGGCCCACAGUGCCCAGAUGUAUCACUAUCAGCAGCAGAAACAGCAGAUGCUGUCCCUAGAGAGACACAGAGGUGAGCAUAAGGUUCCGGACUCUGGAACCACCUCGGACGAGGAGAAUGAGGAUGGAGAUUUUACUGUGUAUGAAUGUCCUGGCCUGGCUCCGACUGGAGAAAUGGAAGUGAGGAAUCCUCUGUUUGAUGACUCUACUCUAACCCUGAGGAGGAAUGAGGAGUAACAUGCUGGACUGUCUCUCUUACACACACACACGCGCACACACACACACACGCACGUACGCACGGUCCAUUCAUAUCUUUGUGGGGACUCUCUAUUAUUUUUAUGUGCAUCUCUAAUCCCAAAAAUGAGGACCCUAACCCCCACCCAGCUGCAACCAUAAAUAACCAAACAAAAUACAGACUUUUGGAAUUUUUACUUUUUUGGUUGCAGUCACCGACAUUUAUAUAAUUGAAUUUCCCCUUGUGAGGGCCUAAGAAAUGCUCCCCACCAUGUCAAAAUAACAGCUUUUAAUCACACUGUAGGAACAUUUGGUCCCCACAAUGUAAUGUGUAUAUGGACCACACGCACACACACACACACACACACACUGCGGACACUGGAAGACGCCCGCCUGCCUGCCAGAUACCCCAGCAGUCUCUCUGAAUCAGGCAGGAAGGAUGGCCAAUGUUUAAGAAAAACCUCCAGGAAGAAUGUGAGCAGUGAGCAGCACCACCCCCUGGUGGAAUCUCUGUGGUACUGCCACUCCAUCUUGCCCUCGGUCCCCACGCCAACAGCCCCCUCUGAUCACUUCCCACACAUGGGUUCCUUUGCAUGGUGUCACUUGCCUGUCUUUCGCCUCUGUCCAGUUGAUUUGCCAGUGUUUCUUUUUCAGAGAUCCACUUCUUCCAGUUUGCCUGUAAGAGUUAGCAGUGAAUCUGUCGGCGUGUUACUCAUCCGACUCAUCAGCACGUGGCAUGGUGCGGUAAUGAGCAGCUGUUGGGGGUGCAGAGCCCCUUGCCCCAUGUGCACUGAGCCGUAUCACUGAAAAUACAGCAGUAACACCCUGUAACACGCUUUUACCGCUCGUCCACACUCUGCCAGGGCCGCUACAGAGACCUGCAUAUCCUUUUCAUUAACCUGCCCCACAAACACACACGAACACGAAACACAUGCAACACACCUGCUAUGUAUUUUUCAUUUUUGCUCAUUUUGUCAAAUUUUCAGUUUAAGUUCUAAAGUUCCUUGUUUGCAAUGAAGAGGAAAUCAAAGGAUAAAGAAUGAAAUUUUUUCUUACAAAUUUUUCUAGGGUUUCCAUGUGGUGGCGUCUGUAAGCCUACGGCUGUCUGUCAGUGAAAGCCCCUCACUUUUAAUAGCUGGGCUGCCAUGCAUGCUGAACGACAGAUCACAUGACUCCACUGGUCGUCCUACAUAGGUCGUGUAUUGUUUUGGUCAAGUACUGCUUCUACCUUCUUGUUGGAGGGAAUAUGAAAAUGUAUUCAAAUAUAACUGAUACACCCUAACCAUGCAGCGGGGGGGAAUUACUAGUCCAUUUUGUCCAGUUUAUGUUAAGACAGAUUGUCUAUGAGGAAAAUAAGCAGGACCGAUGCCCAGCUGGAGUUUGCUGGGUUUGAACAUGUAGUUUGUGUGCUUGCUGCAGCUGGUCCAACCAUGGAACCAUGGAAAGCUGCUGAGUGCUGGACCUCAUUUCCAGGGGGGGGACGCUUAUUCUCACCUCCCAUCAUGCAUCACUCGCUGGACCUCAUUACCAGGGGGGGACGCUUAUUCUCACCUCCCAUCAUGCAUCACUCGCUGGACCUCCUUACCAGGGGGGACGCUUAUUCUCACCUCCCAUCAUGCAUCACUCGCUGGACCUCACUACCGGAAGGUGGGGCGCUUAUUCUCACCUCCCAUCAUGCAUCACUCGCUGGACCUCAUUACCGGGGGGGGGAUGCUUAUUCUCACCUCCCAUCAUGCAUCACACCCUGGGCCUCAUUACCAGGGGGAUGCUCAUUGUCACUUCCCAUCAUGCAUCACUCCCUGGGCCUCGUUACCAGGGGGACGCUCAUUGUCACCUCCCAUCAUGCAUCACUCCCUGGACCUUAAAUGUAUAUACAUAAAUGUUGCGCAUAGAAAAUAAAGGAACUGUCACAAAAUCAGCUGACCUAGUGCUUAGGUUAGUUUUGUUUCUUGUUGCUUUUGCUGUGUACAUUGCGUUCAUUUCUUAAAUGGAGUCACUGUCUAACACAGUUGCCUACCACCACAGUCUCAGGAAUGCCACUUUCGAUUAUGUGCUGAACUACACUUCCCAACAUCCACUGCUCAGCAAGAGACACUGGUCCUCUGCUUUGGUGGAUAUUCCUCCUUCCCCCAAUACAACAGGACAAACAAACCGUGCUCCUUUCGAGACCCUAAGAGUCAGAUCUGUUAUGAAUUUAAAUCAUCCAUAAUCAGACUGAAUGACGUCUCAUACACGGAUGGAGAUGUUUCACUUCUGAAAAAAGGAAGACACUAGACAUUCCUUGGAGAAAUGGACAUUUCGGGAAGCUGGGAGUUAUAUCCAAGGACAGUAAUAUUAUCUAAAUGAAAUGUAAAUGCCCUGUGGUCUGUAGCAUCUCCCGUGGGCCACGGAAACAGAGCAAAGUGUCUCGCUGUUGCUUUGCCCUGCGCUCAGCAAUGACUGAAUGUCAUCGGCCAUGUAGAUAUAAUCAUCAAGAAAAGGCAGGACCCUUGCAUGUGUGUUGAUGUAAAAAUCUGCUGUCCCCGUUGCUGCUCCAGUCAGGCGAUUAUCUCCUUUUUCUUCUUCUAAAAAUAAGUUUUUAACGAGUCUUGUGUCUACGUGUUUUGAUUAAUGACAUGUUUAAUAAAUUUAAUUCCUACUGUAAGUAUGUAUGCAUUGCCCAGUCAGAUAACACUGGAUGUACCCCCUCAUGCAAACAGAUUUUUACUAAUAAUGAUAAUAAUUAUUAUUAUUAUCAUUAUUAUUAUUUUGUCUAGGUACCUAAGUUGGCCUACACUGCUUAGAUUCUCAAUAUUAUCAGUCAUUAUUAUUUUGGUUUCUUGCUGAGGAAGUGCAUCAGUGCUGCUUUCCAUCAUGUCUUCAGCCUGGAGGCCAUCCUGACAUGGGAGGCGUCCCAGCAACACCAGCCAGGCCCAGCCGCAUUAACUGUGAUACCUUAGUUUGGGGCAGUGGGAGGCGCCUGGCUUGGGCCCGCAGAGCCUGCAAUGGUUCCUUUGGGCUCACACUUUGCAUCCCAAGUGCCGUUAUGGUCCAAACACGGUGCGAGUGACGUAAAGUUCAUCCUCAGCGGUGUCUGGCGGACUGUGCCCAUGCAGCUGGGAUUUUAUUGUCCAACAGACAUUAUCAACUGCACAUGCACAAGGAAAUUGACUUGGUAUUUCCAGUAGGUGGCGGCACUGGAUACCAGUAUAUCUAAUUUUUCAUGCACUGCAGUAUACUGUAUUUUCAAAAAAAUGCUAUCCUGGAAUUUCGAAAUCUUGGUGAUACAAUAACAGAUGUUUGUGUGGGUGGGUGGGGACUAAUUUUGUAGCUAAUAUUUCUAAAUACUGCAGUAUGCCGUGUUACCAUAGUGCCACCUAAUCCAAGUAACAUCCUCAGAAGUAAAGUACCCAUUCACUAGUCUGCACGUUUUGUGUUUUUGGCAGUACUACUGCCCUCUGCUGGUCUGUUGGAAUACCACAGCUGCUUGCAUGCUCUGACCACAGCCCUCUGCAUUCACAGACUACAGGAUGUACGACCGUGUGCAGACCAUAACGGCACGUGGAAAAGUGAAGCAUGAACUGGAUGUAAGCACUGACAUUUACUGCUUUUGGGAGGAUAAGGGACGGCACUAAGGGGGGUAAAAUACACAUGAAACCCAGAGGAAGCGAGCUGUGCGUGCGGGCAGGUGGCCGACCACGUCCUCAUCCAAGAUCGCAACGCGGAGGCGUCUAAGCCGGUACUACUGUAAGUGUGAGGCUCCGUAAAAAUGUUUCAUUAAUUAAUGGGGCUGUCUGAUCGCAUGUAAAUACUAGAAAGUUGUAGAAAUCAAGCAUAAAAUUCAAUAAACAUUUAUAUUAUACGAAAA